GUACACUCUCGUACACAGACGUAGGUGGAGCGAAGGAGGCGACAGAGCGGCUCUGUCAAGAACUUCGUGGAGUCUGUAGUGCCGUGUUUCCUGCUCUUAUUUGGCUUAAAAUAAGAUACAAAUUAUUGAGAAACAGCGGGGGAUAUCGAGGAGCGUGAGCUGGACUUGGACACAGCCAUGGACCCUGGAUAUGGAUGGAGCCUUACCCCGCUCAACCAGGCUCCCUACAUAGAGAUUAUCGAGCAGCCAAAGCAAAGGGGGAUGAGAUUUAGGUACAAGUGUGAGGGACGGUCUGCUGGCAGCAUUCCCGGAGAAAAAAGCAAUGACACCACUAAGACGCACCCAGCAAUCAAGGUGCACAACUACAGCGGCCCCCUGCGUGUUCGCAUCUCAUUGGUGACAAAGAACUCACCCUACAAGCCUCAUCCUCAUGAGCUGGUUGGAAAAGACUGCAAACACGGCUACUAUGAGGCUGACCUGCAGGAGAGACGGAUACACAGUUUUCAGAACCUGGGUAUACAAUGUGUGAAGAAGAAGGAUGUAAAUGAGGCCAUCACUUGUAGACUGCAGACAAACAACAACCCCUUUAACAUUCCUGAGGCUAAGGUGUGGGAGGAAGAGUUUGACCUAAAUUCAGUCCGGCUUUGCUUCCAGGCCUCCAUCACUCUCUCUACAGGGGAGCUCUAUCCUCUGGAGUCUGUGGUAUCACAGCCCAUCUAUGACAACAGGGCUCCAAACACAGCAGAGCUAAAGAUCUGCAGAGUCAACCGCAACUCUGGAAGCUGCAAAGGAGGGGAUGAAAUCUUUCUGCUGUGUGACAAAGUGCAAAAAGAGGACAUCGAGGUGCGUUUCUUCCAAGACUCUUGGGAGGGGAAGGGCACUUUCUCCCAAGCUGAUGUCCACAGGCAGGUGGCCAUUGUGUUUCGCACUCCGCCCUACCGUGACACUAACCUCACUGAGCCAGUGAGAGUCAAGAUGCAACUCCGGCGGCCCUCUGACCGAGAAGUCAGCGAGCCAAUGGACUUCCAGUACCUGCCGUCAGAUCCAGAUGAAUACAGGCUGAGUGAGAAGAGAAAGCGGACAGGAGAUAUGUUCCAGAACCUGAAGCUAGGGCCCUUGCUAUCUAGUGUGACCACUCCACAAGAUAGACAGCACCUAAACCCAUCAAGGAGAAAGCUGACAGCCAAGCCUCAAUUACUGAACCCACAAGCUGCAGCUGUGGUGCCCACUGGUCCCACUGGGGCAAAAUCACAUCCCCAAUACCCCUUCCAACCAGGCCAGCUAUUUUCUGAGCAGACAAAGGUAGAAGCCUCCAACAUGUCAGCAGCUCCUACCAACCAGUGGAAGAUGACAGCCCUGGGCUCCCAACCAAAAGCAAACCCAGUGUCUAGCUUUUCAAUGAACCCAUCACCGGCCACCUCUACCAUCACUUCCACUUCCAAUCAGGACUACUCAACGGUCAACCUGUCAGAUCUUCAUGAAUUCUUCCCGAACAUUUCCUCGACUAUCACCCAGCAGGAGCCCUCAGCUUCUCAAGUAAACUUGGCCUCUUCACAGACAAGCAACUCCUUCGCCCUCCAGAGCACUCAGUUCCGGGGAGAGCCACCACUUGUUGAUGACGAUAUCCCAGAUUUCCCUAGCUUCACUGAAGGCCAGGUCCCAGUCAACCUGGACAGCCUCAACAUGGAUGACUUGGAGGAUCUUCUGAACCCCCAAAUCGUAAAUCAUCCUUCAUGUCAGCCGACUGGCCCUUCGGGCUCCUCUACCGCUGCCCAGACUAGUGCAGCAUCUCAGAACACUUCUGACCCUGCCAGCAACCCAGGAAGCACUUGGAUGAAUUACCCCAACAGCAUUGUGCAUCUGCUCCAGAACGAAAUCAUGACAGACAGCAGACCCAAUAACAACCAAAUGCUCGAAGACUUCGAUGAGUUGAUGUCUGCUGAUGAGGACCGUCUUAUUUCCAUUUUUAACAGUGGAAGCCAAGCUGGGUUUGUGUCAGGACACCCGACUUAAAGUUUCUUUCAUUUUUCCAAAGACCAAUUGUAUCUUCCCCUGUGGCCAUCAGGACUAAAACUUCUUUAUUAUUGUAAGGCAAAAAAGGAAGUAGGCAGAGGAGACCGAAUGUAGCAGCACUGCUCACUGUGGACACACUUCUUAAAAUACCAGCAAUGACUUUAUGGUAUUCAGUCUGACGCCUUGCCCAGUCAUAUAGUUUGUCUGAUAAAUUACAAAACCCAUAAUGUAGGUGAUCAGAUUUCAUGCCCUGUGAAACCCAUGUCCAGCAUCUGUGACUAAACGUUUAGGUCACUGUCAACAUAUUGAUGGUGGAGACAGAUUCUCCAGCGAAUGUUUUACGAAGACAGACAGCAUGGGUACUUUGAUAAAGGUAUCCGGUGUGGUGAUUCUUUUUGGAACAUGUUAAGCAUGUUUUUGUACUGUCAUUUGAACAAUUUUGGUAGCUGUGGCCACAAAAAUGUGCAGCUUUUGUCUCUUUUUUUGUCUUUAUACAAAAGGGUUCAUAUAUAUGCAAUCAGAUCUAGAGGUAAGUCUACACAGAUUAUGUCCGUUUUUAAAAAGAAAUUAUCUCUUUGGAUUGCACCAUUGUUUUCUGAAGGUUAACACAAACUAUCUGAAUGUCUUGGAAACAAAAUGAAGGUGUACAUUUAUCAAACAAGCAACAUUACUAUAUAUGUGCUUAUACUAGAGAUUGUGCUUUUUGUGGUAAUAGUUUCCACUGCUCUGUAAUCAGUUUUUCUACACUUAUUUUAUCAGUAAUGGUUGCAUUUUAACUCAGCUGUUUCAGACUUGCUAUACUCUGCAGUAAGGUGCUUUACUGAAAUGUAAUUAUGUUUUUACGUGUAUUAUGAAAGUGGAUCGUAGUAUAAUUGUGCUUUUUUUUUUUUUGGAAUGAGACUUUGUCAACAUACAAAACACUGUUUUGGCAAUAAAUACCACAACAUAUAAAGACGAUUUUUAAAAGAGUAUUUUACUUUGCAACUCUGUAACUGUUAUACAGUACAAAGGGGUGAAAAAAGGCGAACGCAAGAGACAAAUGUAAAAUGGCAACAAGGAGUACUUCAGUGGAUCUUCUGAAAAUGUGCAUACAAAUCAAGGAUGUUAGUCUUCUUCCCGGCACUCGAGCCUGUUAGAAUCUUGUUAGUACUACUAUUCUUUUAUACAAUAUUUUCAAUACAAAAUAAAAAAAUCUGAAAGUGUUUCAGGUCAUUCAGAAAAUUUUACAACACAAAAAGAAGAGACUAAUUUAGUGUUUUGGAUUUUUUUUUUUUCUAGAAAAAAAAAAAAAAAAAGGAUGAAUUUGUGAUCGGAGUUCAACCAAUGAUGUUCUAAAUAGUUGCAGUCAGAGGACUGUACUGUCCAACCCAUUUCCUGGAAUCAUCACACACCUCUUCACAUACUGUUACAGCAAAACUCCUCUCUUGGUCUGAGUGGCUUAUGUUACCUCAAGAUUGGUAACUUUGUUGAUGACGUGGGAACGCCUGGGCACACACUCCAGGUCGAACUUGCUCUCGUAUAUGGUGGGGCAAACAUUCCAGCGGUUGUUCCGAUAGAUUCCCAGGUAUGUAUACACAUCUGGCUUGUACGAGAGAGGGCAUUUGACCCCUGUGGCACGAAUGACCGAAUCCAGCCUCAUGACCUCAUUCUCAUCAGUGAAGUUCUGGUUAUAGGCACAAAUGACCUGCUUGCCCUCUGCCUUGCGGUCAAAUGGGCUGACUUUAACGAGUGAGAUCUUGCCAUCUAGGGCUGCUCUUGCCACACAUUCCCAAGCGUGGUCCAACUUGAAACCAGUGUCCAAGUGCAUAAGCCACUUGCCUGAGAGUACUUUAUGGUUCAGGGCCAGCUCCCUCACUGUCUGGAAGGUGACGGGCCGGGAACUCGCCAAAAGUUUCUCCCAACUCUCCUGGAGUCCUGUGACAUCCGCACCACUGGGGCAGUGGUUUGGGCCCACCACAGCGAUCCACCCCACAGGGCUGACGCCACCCUCCUCGUCUCCAAAUCUGGACACUUGGGAGGGCCUGUUACUCUCCAACCAGCCAUCAAACUCGGAUCUGGGAGUUCUUCUAGAGUCAAAAACAAUCCAGGGGUCCAUGUCUGCAGCCAUGGCUUCAGCAGCAUAGGUCUCUGCAGCAAAGGGGGUCCUCAUCUCGCCAUCAACAGGGCUCUCUUCUUCCUCCAUAAUGGUAUAGCAGUUACAGGAGUAAACAAGUUCUGAAGCCUGCCUGUUGAGUUGAAGAAUGCAGUUAUUAUUUGUAUAAAAAAACCACUGGUUUAGCCUCUGUGUUAGCUUACAACCCUUUCGCUGUUAUUUAUUAGCUUACAACCCUGCCAAACUUCGACAGAAGUGGACAACUGAAUUGCUUAUGAAUGCUACUAGCUAGCCUGCUACAACAGCGAAAGUUAGCGUAUCUCUACCACUGAUUCAGUUUCACACGAAAGUUGCUAUCGACCCCAGCGUACCGCCUACAGCUGACAUGUCAAAGAACACGCAGAACAGCUUUCUGACUGCUUUAGCAUUGUUGUAGCUAGCCGACAAGCUAGUCGUCUUUAUAAAUGUACACACUCGUCCUGGCUAGCCAUUUCUAGCCAGCUGUUGAAUACAACUGACGCUUUAACAUUCACAGUUUUCCCAUUCAAAACGUAAAUAAUCGCACGCAGAUGUUAAACUUUGAACAUAAAGGCUUACUCUAGCCGUAGAUGUCGAAGUUUGUUGUUCAGUGUUGAUCUUCCGCAUAAGCGCACCAGCUCCUCUGUAUCUAAGAGCCAAAACCCAUUCAGGUGGCUGGCAGUUUAACUAAUUAUUUAUACAUCAAUUAAAUUACGUACCUCGUCCACAAAUUCGACCGUAUGUAACAAUAUAAAUAUAUGAUAUAAAUAUAUAUUUUUUACGUUUUGCUAUAACAUAAUUUUAAACAUAAGUUAUGCUGUACUAGAUUCAGCGACUUUUAAAAAACUUGCAUGUUCCUCGGUAUGUGUACAAGUCAAAUAUGUAAGUUUCCCACAUUUGUAUUUUGUUAAGCUUUAAAAAUAAACAUGUCCCAUUACUAUGGUUAAAUAAAAGUAUUUCUUUUCUUUGCAUUUGCGGAACGACAAGCGCUCCAACCUGUCGGCACGGAGACCCUGCGGAAACAAACUGACCGCACCGAGGAACGAGUGACGAAGACGAUGUGCUAACUAGUUAGCCGGAUAGCCACCACUAUCUGGUGUGCGCGCGGUGGAGGUGAAUUUCUGUAUGAAAUAGAAUACGAAUAUAGCAUAUAUUGUAUUUUAUUUUAGUUUAGCCACCCAGGUAAUUUAAUUAUGCCCAG